AGUUGAUCUUUAACCGUUUGCUGUACAAGUGCCAAUCUUUUACUCUCAGGAAUUCUGCCAUCCGCAGUCACUUAGUCGCUCCUUUUUUGGACAAGACACCAGCUUUUUUUUUUUAUAUUAAAAAACUAAUUUAAACUUAAGGCAGGCUACGUACGAAAGAGCGUGGGUUACCACUAGAAAGUAGAAGCUGAAGAAAAAAACUAAGAAUCGACAAAGCUACGUUACAUGAGGACAUGGACCUUCGCCUGUCACUCCUGUUCAUCUGUCUCUACAACCAAGGAGUGAUUAAUGCUCAGGUGUCUGAAGAUGAGUCAACCCCACUGGUGCCUCUUAUUCCUUUAAUACCCAGCAAACCCGCAGAGAAAAACGAAAGCACGCCGCAGUCAGAUGUCACAAAUACCACAAGUCCACCUAUGAUGAUGACCACGAGUGCGCCUGAGGAAGACUCAGAAGAGGAGGAUGAAGGUUGCGCAACCAUUGGCAGAACCCUGGAGUCCAGGGAGGCCAUUGCGGCCUCCGUUCAAAAACUGGGCGUACAACUGCUGCAGAACCUGCAGACCUCGCCGGAAAAGCCCAAUGUCAUCCUAUCACCUUUUAGCAUCUCUUUAGCGCUCUCGCAACUAGCUUUAGGUGCCGUCAAUGAGACAGAGGAGCUGCUCAUGCACCAUCUCCAUGACAACACUCUCACCUGCCAUCAUCAUGCUCUAAAUCACAUCUUAGCGCAGCUCCGAAACACUGACCUGAAAAUCGCUACCCGCAUCUUCCUGCGUCAAGGGUUUAAGCCAAAGGAAGACUUUAUCAAUGAAUCCAAGAGGUUGUAUGACUCGGAGCCGGCCGUCUUAGAGAGCCUGAAAGACAUCAAUGACUGGGUGGAGGACGCCACCAAUGGAAAGAUGACUAACUUCCUGUCUGCACUGCCUCCCAACAUGCUCCUAAUGCUCAUCAACGCUGUCCACUUCAAAGGAGAGUGGGAAGCUCGGUUUGACCCCCGCUCCACGUCCAAGGGUGCCUUCUACCUUGACGAGAAGCAUAUGGUAGAAGUUGACAUGAUGGAAAAUGCCAAACAUCCUUUAAGUUUACUCAUUGACAGUGAACUAGAGUCUCAGGUAGCAGUCUUCCCAUUCGUGAAGGAGAUGAGCUUUUUAGUCAUCAUGCCCAUGUCCGGCCAUGUGAAUGUGUCCUCGCUUGCUGCCAAGUUGAAUAUUUCCAGCCUUUAUGAUCGUCUGCCCAAAAAAAGAGUCGUUCAAGUGAAAUUCCCCAAAUUCAAGCUGGAGUACGCUCAAGAGCUGCAGGAGGUUUUCACAAAACUAGGCCUGGGACAGUUGUUUUCCAAUCCCAAUUUGGCCGACAUCGCCGAUGGUCCUCUGAUGGUGUCCAGCGUCCUACACAAAUCAACUAUGGACAUCAACGAGGAAGGAGCGGAGGCUGCCGCAGCCACAACCGUAGUCAUUUCUCGGGCAUCACAACCUGUUUUCCACCUGACCCACCCCUUCCUCUUUGCCCUCAUGGACGAUAAGACUAAAAUACCAGUCUUCAUGGGCGUCAUCAACAACCCUAAUCCUGGAGCUCCUAUCUUGCAGAGAGAGGAAUCUGGGAAAAAAGAGAAAGCCGGAUUUCCAAGUGAUAAGAGUGAAAUGAGUCCACCCAAGUAGGAACUACAAUCACAUGCACAGCAGUCCUUUGGUAAAAGAAAAAACCUUGCAGAACAAUUAUGGUUGCACAGUAUGUAAGUGUACAAGGCCACUGAGCUUGAUUAAAAUGUGUAAAAGAAGUACCACAUGCUUCAUUUGUUGCCUUUUCCACUCGAGUGUAUGUACACAAAUAAAGCAUAUGUUCAAUUACUAUUUCAAAGCAAAUGACAGUUCAGUAAAACAGCCUGUAUGCCUCUCUGCUUAGUCAAUCUUAUAUACCAUCCUUUCUGUACAAUUACAUAUGUGAUUUCCAAAAACAUCAAAUAAAUACAUGUGGUUGAUUUGA